AUGCCAAUGACUGCCCUUCGUGGCGUAAGGAGUGAUGGUUCUGUGGAGGAUAUAAAAGAAGAUUCUAUCUACAGAUACACGAGACACCGCUGGAUAUACAAUGAAUCUCGUCGUUUAUCAGAGAGAUAUCUCAAGUUUGACCUUCAACAGCUCUUGCAAGCCGCAGUUGCAACCGUCUCUUCUGAAGGUGCCCGUCGUUGUACCGAAGUUCUCAAAUGUAAAGAGGGAUUGAAUAACAAAGCCUAUUUGCUCACAAUGGACAACGGCUCGGAGGUGUUUGCUAAGCUGCCAAACCCGUGUGCAGGACCUGCAUUUUACACAACAGCAUCAGAAGUGGCCACACGUGAAUUUCUUCGCGAUGUAAUAGGAGUUCCUAUUCCUCGUAUACUUGCCUGGUCUUCUGAUCGAAACAAUCCUGUAGGGGCAGAGUACAUCUUAGAGGAGAAGGCCCCAGGCAAGCCUCUCGGAAGGCUCUGGCAAGACUGGGAUGAGUGGCCGUUAGAGGCCAGAUGUAACAUCAUAGAGCAGAUCGUGGAGAUUGAGCGUAAGCUCGCAUCUACGAAAUUCGCAAAGUCGGGUUGUAUCUAUUUCAGGAAUGAUUUCCCUGACGGCGACUCCUUGGCGACCACUCCUCCACUAUCCUCAUCAGUACUUCAGCGUUUCACGUUAGGACCACUAGUCGACAGCGGGAUGUGGCGGGGUGCAAAGGCCAGUAUGGAUAUGAAUCGAGGACCAUAUAGCGGACCCCUCGAGUUUAUUAAAGCGAUGGCCGAGUGCGAAUUGAAAUUUAUCAAGGCGCAUGCCCGCCCACGGAUGAACUAUGCUCGUUCAAUCACAGAGCCUGAGCUGCCCGGAGAUAUGGUCGACCUGUUAGAUCGUUAUCUUCGACUUGCUCCAGCUAUGGUACCUCCACUAACUCUAGACGAUACGCACUCGCCGACACUAUGGCACCCAGACCUUCAUCUUGACAACGUCUUUGUCGACCCUAAAUCAAAGAAAAUCACGUGCGUUAUUGACUGGCAAGCUGUGGCAGCGCUCCCGUUGUUUUACCAAUGUGGGGUUCCAACAAUGUUUAGGCAUCAAGGACCGAUGUCUGACGAUAUGACUGUUUGGCCGAAGUACCCGGAGAAUUAUGACAGCCUUGAACAAGACGAAAAGGAAAAGAUCAGUAACCUUAUAAAGAGCGAGUCUCUACACAAGAAUUACCUUGCAAUUACACGUGAUAAGAACCGACGCCAUUGGGCCGCGUUACAAUCACAUGAUGAUGAACGAAUACAGCCAAUACGUAUCGUCCAGAGUGCAUGGGAAGAUUUUGAUGUCUUCUUCCUUCGACGAGCACUAAUCAGAAUCACUAAUAGGUGGAGGGACCUUUGCCCAAGUGCUGGGCCGUGCCCCGUUAGCUUCAGUGAGCAAGAGAUGACCCUGUAUAGGCAUGAGGAGGAGAAUUGGGAGUACGUUAGCGAGAUUUUAAGAAUCUUUCGAAGUAAUUGGGGAUUACCUCCUAAUGGCUCAGUGGAAUCAGCCAGGUUUGAUGAGAUUCAAACUGAACUAGCACAGCUUAAAGCGGCCUUUAUCGAGGCCGCUGAAAACGAGGAGGACAGGUUUCUCGCCGAGAAGCUAUGGCCGUACCAGGACACUCCAGUUACAUGA